GCCACGGUCGUUUUUGCGGUCGGCGUGCACAUGUUUGAAAAUGGCGUCUUUUGAAUGCAUUUUCACGAGUGAUUCUGACGAAAAGUUAUGGAAUAUAUGCGCUUGGGACAUUGUAACUGGUUCAGUACUGAAAAUUUACAAGGGUGAAAGCAGCGCUCCACGAACAUUGUGUAUUAUAGGUUCCGAUUACCUAAUCAGCGCGAAUCCAAACAAACCCGUUCUGCAAACUUGGUCGCUUGAACGCAGUGAGCAGCUUCAGACGAAGCAUAUCUGUCCGGGCAAAGUUUCAGCAUUGGCAGUGAGUCCUGACGGUGCACACUGCAUAGCUGGCAUACAAGAGAAGAUAUUUAUUUGGCAGAUAUGCACCGGAGACCUUCUUGCCAUCCUCUCGUUACACUUCCAAUCCAUUACCUGCCUCCGCUUCUCUGACGAUGGCUGCCACUUCGCCUCUGCGUCUCGUGAUGGUCAAGUGAUAGCGUGGGACCUUAACGCUGCCGUCACACCGCGGUUGACCGGUGGAACGCCAGAUCCCCUGCACGUGUGGUCUCAUCACAGCAACGAUGUUACGGACUUAUAUUUCGGACUCGGUGGGACAAAUGCUCGGGUGAUCUCCUGCUCGCUGGACCAAACGUGUCGGGUGUACGAACUCCACUCGGGAGAGCAACUCUUCGAAGCCGUGCUCGAUUCUGCGCUCACAGCAGUUGUCGCGGACGCGGCAGAAAGUAACGUCUUCGCUGGUAGUCUGACCGGAGCCAUCUAUCAGGUGGCUCUGUACUCCGCCGACCCGCUCAGCCAACAUGGAUCCGCCUUCACGGGCCAUGGUGCCCGCGUCACCUGCUUGUCCGUCUCCAUCGACGGACAACUCCUCGUCUCUGGCUCGGAAGACAGGACUGCCCGCGUCUGGGACAUACCCAGCAGACAGUGCAUCCAGGUGUUGCAACACAAGGGACACGUUACAAAUGCCUUCAUCGCCCCAACGCCCAUCCAGCUGCAAACGCUCAAAGAGUCCUGCAAGCCGCUUCUUCCGCUCGCCAAGUUCAAAAGCAGCGUCGAUGCGGAAGGGAAAGGAGGUGCCGUCCGUGUCAACUUGGCAACGGUAGUGAAGAAGAAGGCGGCAGUUCGUAUCAACGAGGAAGACGGCGCCAACCACAAGCUGUACGAGAGGAUGUUGACGACGGCGGCAGACGGUGAUGAAGACAUGGGGGAUGAGGAGGAAGAUGAUGAUGGAGGUGCAGAGAUGUUAUCCGUGGAGGACUUGAGGAAAGAAGUGGCAAGGUUGAAGCAGGUCAAUCAACAGUUGUACGACUUUGCGGCGAACCGCGUGAUCAGCUGUCGGCAGGAUGGGAGCGUAGACGGUAUGCAACAGUGAAACGAUUAAUGAACCAUAUUGGUUGGAGUUCCAUUGGUGUUUCUUUAACCGCUUAACCUUAUUUGAGGAAUUGUACAUUUCAAUGUGAAACGUAACUUCACUUUAGGUUCUCUCGAGAUCGCAGUCAGCGUGCUGAUGUCAACACAUAGUUUGGUCUGAAAGUUGAAUAUAAAGAAGCUGAGGAUAAUAUUAUACCGAGCACAUUCUGAAACAAUUUUAAUCGAGUCAAGUGAACUUAUACAGGGUGCAUCACCAA